GGCCUGUGUCGGAAAACAUGCGGAGCUGCAGCAGAAGCAGCGGGCGACGUGGAGAGCGAAGCCGCGAGAGGAGCAGCGCGACCGGGGGAAGAUUCCAAGCAGUGAGCGGUCAGCGGGGAUCGGGCGGGGGGGUCUGAACAGAAGAAUGAGAGAAGCCCCCACCCGGACGGGCCGACAACAUGAACGGGGCCGUGUACAUUUCGUUUUUCCAGGGCCAGCUGGAGUCCGUGCUGGAGCAGGUCGUUCAGCUCGCCGUCCAGGAAAUCAGCAAGUCGGUGGGUUCCAGCCUGAACGCCCUGCUGCUGGAGACGGUCUCCAAGGAGCAGGAAAACCGCCGGCUCCGCCUGCAGCUGCAGACCCGGGAGGGCCGGGGCUCCACCUCCCCGGAGGACGGAGGCUCCGCGGCGGGCGGUAGGAGCAGCAAGGCGGGCGAAGAGCGAGCAGACGGCGGCAGGACAAAGCCCGAGCCACGCGGUGCUGCGGCGCGGAGCGGCGAGCCCGUGGCGUCCGUGGACACGCGCCGCCUGGAGCAGAGAGGACGGGUUGUAGACCAGCUGAAGUCCGUCAUGGAGCAGGUUCUGGCCUUCGCUCUGCGGGAGCUGACCAAGAUCGUGGAGGCGUCGUUCGACGACCUGCUGCUGGAGAUCACCAAGAUGGAGAAGGAGCAGCAGAUGCUGGAGGAGCAGCUGGAGAGGGGCUCAGAGCGAGGGGGGGGAGGGGGCAGGAGGCGGGGCUCCGUCAACGACUCGGAGUCGCCCAGCGGGUCCGAGGACACCAGGGAGGAACCGGCCGAGGAGUCCAAAGAGGCGGCGCCAACAGACGGCUCAGGGCGGCCCCCCAACCCCCCCGCACCCCAGGACUGGGUUCCCAUCCUGGACAAGGUGUUCGGUCAGAAAUGGAGCAGCGACGUUUGGCCGAUGAAAGGCGAAGGCGUAGACGGCUGCAGCGAUGGGCGGGGCCUGAUGGAGAGGGGGGGCAGGCACGCUGACCUCGUCUCCUCCUCCUCAGUUAUCCUACAGCCCUUCCCCUCCUCCCCCCAGCAGGAUCCCCGCUGGACCCCCCUGGAGGACAUGGAGGUGUUUUCUCCUGACGACCAAGAAGCUGCAGACAGUCAGACGGACGCCGCCGCCGCCACCGCCCCUCCCACACCGGGACCCCCCCUCAGCCCCUCAGGUCGUCGCUCCUCCGCCUCCAUGCUUCAUCGCCUCCUCACGCUGCCCUCUCAGCUGCUGGGCGACGACGAAGACGCCGCUGCCAAGGAGACGCUGAUCGCCUUGGCGACCAACGGCAGCAGCGACCAGCAGGAAGACUCCGAGCCCCCCGAUUGGGUCAGGGCGGCGGAGGAGGACGAAGAGGAGGAGGAAGAAGAGGAGGAUGGGGACAAAGGCAGGAAGAAGAAGCGGCGGCGGGUCUGGUCUGAAUGUGAGGAGUGUGGUCGCAGGUUCAGUCGGAUGUCCCUCCUGAAGGCUCACCGCCAAACGCACGCUGCCAGCGAUGCAGCGGGCGCCGACCCGUCCUCGGCUCCGGGGCCCGGCGCCGCCUCACCGCUGCGCUGCUCCGAAUGUGGAAAGAGGUUCUCCUCCAACACCCGCCUGCACAGCCACAUGCGGACUCAGCACCCAGAGAGCCGGUCCUGAGGCCGCAGGCCCGGUCCGGCCCGGACCGAGGGGGAGCCGGCUUUUAUUCUGAAAGGCAGCAGGAAGCGGGAUCACUGAGGCCCAUUUUACCUCAGAAUCAGAGUCCAGUUCUGGUUCUAAUAUGGAAACUGAAAACCAGAGUUCUUCACAGACAGAAGGCAGUUUUUUUAAUCAGAUCAGAAGAAAAGACUUCAGGGAACCAGAACCAGAGGUCCAAACCCGUGGAGACCAGUUACAGAGCUGCAGCUAUGGAUCCUUCAGGUAACGGAGGACCCAACCACAACUCUGCGGGUUUUCGUCCCCGUCUCGCUUUUCUGAUGAAGUAACAAAAUUAAACGAGGUCCAGAGAAGUUCCGGCCCAGAUCCACUGGAGGAGGUUUGAACUACGGGUUUUACUUGAAAUCUGAGCCGAUGAGAAGAUUUUGGGUCUGCAGGAACUUUUUUUUAAAGAUGGUACCGGUCAGUCGUUCCGUUUCUAAUGAACGGACCAGAACCGGACCCAGAAAACCGAGGGGAUGAAGGGAAACCGCCCUCCUCCUCCUCUGCUCUUCCUCUUUGUGUGUAGGUUAGUCCUCCUGGGGAACAGGAAGUGACCUCAGACUGAGGCUUCCUGGCGGGUUUCUCCUCAUGUUGGAUAAGAACCGGGUUUUCUAAGUGUCCUUUUUGUUGAACCACCACAUUCUUCCUCCUCCUUCACUGCCUGGGUCGGCGCUCUGUGGUUCUGGACCAUCUUUGGGGAACUUCAGGAACUUGUGGGGUCGGUGGCUUCGUUUGUUCGGAAUCCAGUCCUCUGCUUCCUCGCACGGCGGCCAUGUUGUUUACAGUUGUUAAGCCGCCGGCGGGCGGACCCGACCCGACCCGGUCCGUCUGGAACAGGCAACCAGACGGAGGCCCGUUACUGCCAGGAAGAACGUCGACCUUUUUCAUCUCACCCUGAUUAUUCAUUGUCAAGAUUUAUGGAGCUAAAUUUGGGCCAUAAAGUUUGAUCAAAAACACAUUUUUUAAACAAAAAACGUUUUACUGUAUUUUCCGGACUAUAAGUCGCUAUUUUUUCCCACGAUUUGAACCAUAAGAAGGUGCAACUGCCAGAAGGGGAAGUCAAAGUUAAAAACGGAAGAAUAAGGGGCUAAUUUUCAUUUAGCACACCAUGCUAGCAGCUAGCAUGGCGCAGAACAAAUUCACACAUUUUUACAUUUAUUUUCCGCAUUAAAGCUGCUGAACCAAUAAAGAGACUGAGCUCAACUCCUGCAGAGCUGAAAUAAAGAGCUGAUGAAGCUCCGUCUUUCAGGAGAAGCUCUUACUGCUGCGAGCUAACAAGCUAAUGGGAGCUAGCAUUUUUCUUCCUCCCUACUCCGGGGGCAAUAUGUAGAGCUCCCCCUACAGGUUUGGUGGGAGACAGUUCAGUAGAUAUCAGCAGCUUAUAGCGCGGUGAGCUUAUAGUUAGAUGCUGUAGUCUGGAAAAUAUGGUAAAUAUACAUAUAUAUAAAAAAAAAAAAUGUAAAGUAAAAAUCUUUUUUUUUUCUUUUUUUUUUUUUAUUCAAACCAAUCCUAAAAACAUAGAUUAUCAAUGAUGCAUUAAAGACGUUUCGAGUUCCUACAGUUCCUGAAUGCGACAGCUGGGAAUGAUUGGUGCCUAAUCUGUCAUCAGAGCCCCGCCCCUUUUUCAGUUAAUUCUAUUCUUUUCCAGAUUUUGAUGUUUCUUUCUGUUUUAAAAGAUAAUUUGUUUCACAUUUCUUUUAGAUUACUCUUCUUAUUACAGUAAUUUUUUUGUUCCAAUUUUUUUUUUCAGAUUUAUUUCUAGUUUAAAUAUUUUAGUAUUCAGUUUUAGAAACAGUUUUUUAAGUUUAAAAAUAGUUUUGGAUUGAAGUUUAUGGCCAUAAUGUAGCUCCAUAUUUUUCUAAUAACCCUCAGUUUACAGAAAGCAAACGUUAGAAAGACGCUGCGGUUCUGAUGAGACAAAUAUGGGUUUUAUUUGAAUAAUAAUUGUCUGGAAUCUGGAUGAAAAAAUUUAAACGAUGAUCUGUUACCAGCAAACGUCUCCCUGGAAUCAACCUGCUGGAAAAACGAUCUAUAAAAUAUAUCCUAUCUAUAUCAGAUGGAGGCAUAAAUCCGGUUUAGUCUCCAUCUCUGCGCUUAUUUUAGACGAACUGGAAGUUCAUCAAGAAACGAGGAUUAAAGUAAAAUAUUUAAAUUAGGGCUGCAACUAAUUAUUAUUUAGCUAAUUGAUUCAUCUGUUGAUUAUUUUUUCGAUUAAUAAUCUGAUUGGUCCCUUAAAGAUGAUUUUUUACUAAAUUAAACCAGAUAAACUUUAGUUUGAUAGAGAAUACUGACAGAUGAUUUGUUCGCAAUGAUGAUUUACAUAUUUUCUUAGACUCUUGGUAGAAUUCCUGCUCUGUCAGCUAAAGGUAAAUUUUACAGUCUCUGUUUCUAAAUUAUUUGACAAUUAUUGUUUCAGCCCUAAUUUAAAGUAAAUUAGUUUUUAGAGAUUUGGUUCGGCAUAAAAAACCUUUAAGAUCCAACAGUUGAAUAAAAUGAUGAUGAAUUUGUUCUUUCUUAUCAGAAUCAUUUGAAAGCAGCUUCUUUCUGCACUUAAAGCCUCACAUUAAAUAACGUGAUGCUUCAGAAACGGGAAUAUUUUCCCCUAAAGGCAGGAAAAUGCUGUCGGCUGUCCUUUGGCGUCGGUUUCCAGGGAAACGGGUUUUGGGGUGGUUCCUGGGGUGGGGGGGGGGGACUCGUCUCUCUGUCUGUGCCUGAUGAUGAAGCUGUAUGACUGAAGUGUUUGUGUUGAAGUUGAAGGCUGGGACCUGCAGGGCUCCGGGUCCGGCUCCCGGUCCGACUCGACCCGACCCGUCCGGGUUCUGCUUGGCCAACCGCGCGGGUCGGACCUCUCAGCCUCCAUCAUGUUGACAUACCUCAUUUUUUAAGUGUUUCUGUGUCCAAACAGACCCGAAUACCUCAGCUGUACAGUUCACAUGUUUUUGUUCUGGGAGUUGUUAAAAUUUUUUUUAAAUUUUUGUGUUUGGAUGCGUCUCAGAUUUCCUCCUCAGCCUGAAGCCUUCCUCUAAAAGAAUAAUUUCUUCAUUACCUCUUUUUUUUACGGAUUUAGUUAAAUAAAUUAACCAGCAGAGAAAUUAUUAAAUAUGGACAAAGAUGUAUGGAAACCCAAUAAUGACAAAAUUAGGAAAACCUUUGAAUUAAACUAAAGGAGCAAAAAGCAUUAUGUUAAGAAAAUUAAUAAUUAC